AUUUAUUGUAGGUGAAUUACGUAAAAUAUGAAAAUGCUUAUAGACUCAAAAAUCAAUAAAUCUUAUCCCCGAACCUUACUAGUAAAGUCUCUCACCGUUAAUUUUCGCAGUCAAGUUUCAGUAUCAAAGUACAAGAAGCAUGAAAAGACAUACACGAUGAAAUAUAUAAGACUCAACGUGGUGUUUGCUUUGAAUGUCUAUUGACAAUUUACUUUCAAUGUAGAACAAAAUCUACGUUAAGUGGCUUUAAAUAAAAUAUAUCAUAUAUUUGCAUCUGUAAAAUACUGUUUGCCUUUUUAAGGUUUGAGGCGUGUAAAUGACAGGCAAAUGAGAAUGAAGUUCAAAUGGAUAAAUAACAAAAACGUUACUUUCAGCAAUUGGAAAAAAAGGCAACCGUCAACUGGGGAUUGUACUCGUACCUCAUUCGAGUAUUUUAACACAGAAGAGCAUUGGGAAACAGAAGAUUGUUAUGAUAGUUUGGUCGAUUUUUACAUCUGUGAAAACACGUUUUUAGGGGUCACAACUAAACGUGAUAUCAAAGAGCAAUAUAUGUGUGAAAUGUUUGUUAAGAAAGACUUUCUGACAUCACCAUACUCCGGUAAAACUUGUCAAAAUUGGUUUUAUCUAUCUGGCAAUGCCAAAAGUGAUUUUGACAACAACUUUCCCUCCUUAAGGGACACUUUAGAAAAUUCAACUUUGUGUAAGGAUCCCUCUGCACAAGGUGUUUUAUGGUGCUAUGUUAGUAACUAUGACAAACCAAUGCGGGAACCAUGCUUUUUGCAUCUCGAAGGUAACCUAUCUAUGCCUGAAAAGAGGGUAUCAGAGGCAAAAUGCUCCGAUGGCUCUUCAAUACCUGUAAUGAAUUGGUGUGAUAGGACUUUUGACUGCAUAGACUUUACGGAUGAAUUGUCAUGUCAGAACAGUACUAAAGAUCACGAUCUCACAAUUAUUGGCACUUCAAUGAUGCAAUCUAAUUUUCCCAGACGACUUAAACCAGAGGCAUAUUUCACCUGUGAACAAAGCAAAGAGUGGAUAUCUACAUUAGCUAAAUGUGAUAACGUCAUAGAUUGUCUAGAUGCUUCAGACGAAGUAACUUGUUUUAACGGAUGUGAUGACAAUGAAUUCCUUUGUGAUGGCGGACAUUGUAUAAAAAUUAGUCACGUGUGCGAUUUUAUAUCCGACUGUGCGGACGGUACAGAUGAAAAAUGUGAUUUCCAAAAUUGUGAUGAAAAUGAAUUUCGUUGUGACAAUAAACAGUGCAUUCCAUCAGAAAAACGAUGUAAUUCCAAACCUGACUGUUUGGAUAAAAGCGAUGAACAAAACUGUGCGUCCUGCACAAAUUCAUUUCUGUGUUCUGCUGAUUACAAAUGUAUUCAUCUUCGUCUGAGGUGUGAUCGCUACCCUGACUGUACAGACAGCAGUGACGAAUUAACUUGCCGUAGGACAUACCAACCAUAUGCUAAUUUGAGCGAUGAGUAUCUUUCUCUGACAGGUUCGAAAGGUGAGCAAACAUUUUAUAUCAAGUUAUUGUGUUCUCAAAAUCAUCUUUUUUUCUUCUUUAUUAUAUAUUUUUUUAAUUUUUUUUUUAAAAGUUCUCAGAGUUUGAUGACAAAAGCAUGA